GUAUCUUAAAGAUCAUAUUAUCAUCUUGACCACUAGUUAAAGAUUAAAAUGCAUUUACCUACUAUUCAGUAGGCCUAUAUUUAAUACAAGACUAGUCAUCUGUGCCCUACUGGUUUAGAUACAAUUCUAGGUAGUUAAAUUAUGUUAAAGUUUAUGCCCUGGUUUCACAGACAGGGCUUAGAUUAAGCCAGGACUAGUUCAAUUAGGACAUUUAAGUAGCUUUUAUUAACAUGCCUUAGAAAAAGAAAAAAAAAAACAUUACUGGUGUGCAUCUUUUGACAAAACAAUGGCACUGACAUAUUUUAAGUUGCUUUCAAAACAUCUCAAACAUGCAUUUUAGUCUGGGACUAGACUUAAGUCUUGUCUGUAAACCCAAGGGUAUAGGUUUCACAUCAAGGUUGUAGAACAAACAAUGAGCUUACAACAUUACCACUGUAUAUAUGAUUACCCUCUUACUGCGAAUGAAAUUGUCAAAAUUAGCCAUCAUCACCCAUCUAUGAAGUAUAAACAUUAAAGUUUAAUGCAAGUGUGUUUGGUUUGUUGCAGUGUGUACGGCCUUGAAAUCCAGUCGCAAACAACAUAAUCAAUAUGGUUACAGCAAAUUUGGACAGUGUCCAGCACGGCCAAUGUACCCUUUGUGCUCUGAUGAGGAGAGGGAGGAUAAAUGUCCAUCUGGGUGUCAACUGGAGGGUCUAAUUAAUAUGGCAGAUGAAGAUAUUCGUAAACGACUGAGAAAUAUUUGUGAAAGGAUUCAACAAAAUCAGGACAUCACUUCAUCAGUAAUGCAAAAGAGUGUCCAGUUUUAUGGGUCACAAAGAAAAACUAUCAUCCAAACAUAUAUGCAGGAGCUCAGAUAUGCAGAGUUUGCUGAAGACCUUCAAAGAAACCUAACAUUGCUGCACAAGAAGUCUGCAGGACUUGCAAAAGAUUUACAGAAGCACCAUCGCAUGAUCUGGGAACAGAUCAAUGAAAUCCGUCGAAUUGAGGUGGACAUUGACAUCAAAAUCCGUGCGUGCAAAGGAUCAUGCAAGCAAACCUUUGACCAUGCCGUUGAUAACGAAGCCUUCGAAGCUAUGGAGAACAAAAUGGCGCAGUUCAGUGUAAUCUCGAAGAGGCGGAAAUCAUUCUCUAAGGUCCAAAAACUAAAACUGCAGUCGGCUGAUCGGCCCACUGUAUCCCCCACUUACCGGAAAAUUCCCAUUGUACGCACUGAGCUUCUUACAAAGUUUGAAGACAUUGAGCAGCAUCAGAUGGUUUUAGAUGAACUCCUUGAAGAUUUUUAAUGUCUAGUUUAGUAAUAUGAAGGAUUGUUUUGAUCUGAAACAGUGUAUGAUUUGGUAAUGCAUGAGCAGUAGGCUAUAUUGGCAAAUACUGCACUUAUUCCUUGUGACUUAGUUUGUUAAAUAUUUGCUGCAUAUUUAUUUAAAGAUCACUGUGCCAUUUAUUUUGUCAACAUCACUUGAACAGUUCCUUGUUGUUUUUAUUUUAUAUAUCUAACUUUUGUCCAAUAUUCCAGGUAUAGUGUUAGAAAAAUACAAAUAUUCUAUUCUUUGCAGCAGAAGAAAAAAAAAAGAUGGUCGUGCCUUAGUUGCAGCUAAGAAGCAAAUGUGAAUGAGAUACUGUACAAAAUGAUAUUUAAAAAAUGAACAGAAUGUAUUAAAUGUAUUAAAUACCUCACAACUGUGUAAUGUUUUUGUAAGCCAUAUAAUGAGUAUCAUGACUUCUGCCCCAAUAAAACCACGUUUGGCCACCUUUUCA